AGGGGUUGGUUUAUAUUGGGCGGAGUUUCACACGGAGAGGUCACUGUCCGGAUUUGAUUCUGAAAUGAGUCCAGUUUCUCUUCCCCAAGCCAUACAAACCUCUCCCUUUCAGCAUUUAUCUGCUUCCUUUUUGAAAGUUCUGAUGGUGUCUGCUUUCACAGCCCCUUUAGGCAGCGUGUUCAAGAUCACAACCCACCCCAUGUCAAUGUUAUUUUCUCCAUGUUGUUGCUCAUUAUUUUAUCACUUAGUUUAAAUGUGAGCCACCCAUUCACAUACUCUGAACUAACUCUACCUUUACUUAUUCAUAAUAUCAAACAUAUCUCCUCCCCUUAGAGCAGAGAAGAAACUGAUGUCUAAAAAGUGAAGUUACCCGUUCUCCUCAGAUCAAUGGCCUGUGUUCCACUGAGACUCGAGCAGUGAAGAAAUUAUGACGAGUGAGUCUCAUGAUAGACUGAGCACCCAGCCUCAUCAUACCCCAGAGGGCGAGUCUGAUCUAGAACAGGAGGAUGAGCUGGAACUCCAGGCCCAGGAGUAUGUGGACCGGGUGUGGAACCCUGAAAUGUCUGGCCCCAGACCUCAAAGUUGUCCCCCAGAGCCAAGCAGCGAGAGCCAGACUCGCAUCACCAAAUCGAGUGCGUCAGACUUGAACGUGAAACUGCGUUCCAGCCAGGUGCUGGCUGGGGACACUGAUCAGUCAGGUCUGUUGUCCCUCCCCUGGGAGCUGGUGCUGGAGAUCUGCUCAUACCUGGAUGCCAGGUUUGUGCUCGGAGUGUUGCCGUUGGUUUGUCGAGCAUUCCAGUACGUCCUGACUGAUGAGGUGACUUGGAGAAUCCGGGCCCAGAAGAUCUUGGGGAUGAGCUACCCAGUAUUGGAAGGAAAGGAAUUUGAUUGGCCCUCAGCUUGUAUCGAGCUUGAGGAGCAUCUGUCCCUUUGGUCCACGAGUAAUCCAAAGGUUCAACAUUUCUCAUUAAAUGAUGGACAUUUUGCCUCAGUCGACACUGUCUUGCUGAUUCAGAACGCUUCGCUGUGUGUUUCUGGAUCCAGGGAUCGGAAUGUGAAUAUCUGGGACCUGAGACGUUUAGGACAGGAUGGGGAGAAGGUGCUGGUGAAAACUCUCGGAGACCAACCCCGGGGGACACACAGGGGUUGGGUUUGGGCUCUUGCAGCUCAGGACCACAUACUCUGCUCUGGAUCCUGGGACAGUAGCGUCAAGCUCUGGGACAUGGCUUCAGAGGGGGCAGGAGUGCGAGAGAUCAGGGGGAAGGCAGCUGUGCUCUGCCUGGUUUACCGGCCUGAUGUACUGGUUACGGGAACAUAUGACAAGACGGUCACCUUGUAUGACCCACGAGCUGGUUACCCAAUGUUGUCCAGUUGGAAGCUCCACUCCAGCGCGGUGCUGUGUCUCGCUGCCAAUGACCACUUUGUCCUUUCAGGCAGUGAGGAUCGGACAUUAGUUGUGGUUGAUCGACGAACAAAUCACAUUCUCCAAAAGCUUCAGUUGGAUUCCUAUCUAUCGACCAUGUCUUACGCUCACGGUGAACUGUGGGCCGGGGACAAGUGGGGGCUGGUCCAUGUCUUUGACGAACAGGGUGGCAGCUUUCAACACGUCAAGUGUUUUAAUGUUGGUCACCGCUCCCAGCUCACAGGGAUCAAACACUCCCUCGGAACCUUGUACACUUCGUCAACUGAUAAAAGCAUCAAGGUGCAUGUGCCAACAGAGCCCCCCCACACAAUUUGCACUUUACCCCACGUUGAUGUAAUGAAUGGGAUCAGUGUGGAGGGGGACAUCUUGGCAGCUGCUUCUGGGUCGAUGUCUGUGGAAAUCUGGAGGAGCAUGAAGUGACCAAGAGGCUGGUUUGAGUUCGGAGUGUGGUUCGGGUUCCUAAGGGGCACUCGGUUGUCAGACCACUCCACCUUUACCAGGGCUGCAGGCAGGCGGCGGGUGCUCUUGGCAGGAGGGGGUGGUUCCCCCUCUUAAACACACCACCUCAUGUCAUGUGACUGCAAACUCCUCCCUCCUGCCAAAUGUCCUAAUGCAUUAAAUUCCUAUUGAUCGAGACACUUUAUACAUUAAUAUUGUUAUGGUCGUCACUUGCAUCUCAGAUUCCCACGGUGAUGGUGGGAGGUGAUUCCCACGGUGAUGGUGGGAGGUGCUGGUGCUGUAGAACCGAGUGCCCAUGGCUAGUGAGUUGGGCCACGGUUUUCCUCCAGCCUCUGUCCUGGGGUGAGUUUCUGGAAAGCUCUGAUUGUUUCUCCCUUUGUGAGCCAGUGUACUCCCACAUCCAAGCACAGACAGGAUAAUGUGUCUGCGGAAUGGUUGACCCACAGGUCUUGCUGCUGUAUGAUUGAGAAAAGAACACAUUUCACAGGGUUAACACUAGCCAACGGGUCAGUGCCACUCACUGAGACCUGUCGUGAGUAUUAAACCUGCAGCACUGACUGGUGGCUAAGCUGAGCACUGGUAAGUGGUAAUCUCCCAAUGUCAUGGCAACUACACUGUGUAGACCCACCUUCCCCCCCCCCCCCGAUCGAGGUGAGGUCCCUGUGAUGGGGUUUGGGCUGUAGUUUUUGGCAGCCUGUGCUCUGUAAGUUGGUGAUAUCAACAGGAACCUCAGGUGCUGCAGUUUCCCCAUCUGUCGGAUUUCUCAGGUUGGUGUCACAGCCCGAGAGAAUGCAUGUUCAAAUCCCUCUCACGGCUUCGGUGCUCACAUCCAUGAGCCGAGCCAAGGGGGUAUGGCGCUGUCAUAGCCGCCGUUAAGGUGGGAUGUGAAUCAGAGGUGCUGGGUUUCCAGUCACGUGGAUGUAGAUGAUCCCAAACACUACAUUACAAAGGAGUUAAAUAAUGACUUUUUAAACAGUUGUGAAAUGUUGACAUGAAAACAUGCCCACGUCCUGACCAAACAUAUACCCCUGAACCAACAUCACGAAAACAGAUUCUCUGGUGAUUAACCUCAGUGCUGUUUGUGGAAUCUUGCUGUUCAGAUUGGCUGCUGUGUUUCCAGAGUUCCCAAAGUGAGUGUGUUUGAAAAGUACUUUGUGAGCUUGUAAACAUUGUGAUUAGAAAUGCAAGUUUUAUUCUUUGAAUAUUUGCUGACCUGGAGCAUCCCUUUGUUGCUGCUGAGAGAUUGACUGGAUUUACUGCUGUUUCUGAAGCAGAAAUACCAUUUACUUCAGGUAUGAGCUCUCUAACACCAGGAGGCACAGGCCGGGUUUGUCCCCUCUCUGUAUGUAUCAUGUUACAAAUGGAGAGAGAGAGAAGCGUUUGUUUAAAGACACAGGCACCCAGUGUUCUCUCACAUCCACAGAGCAGCAGCUCAACAGAAAAAGCAGCGAUGCACAAAUGGCAGAAAAUUACUUCAACUGGGAGAAUAUUUAUUAAUAAAGGUAAAAGAUUUGAACAGCCUACACGGUGGAUCAUUGUGUUCCUAUGGCAGAAAGGGCAAAGAUUCCCACCUGAAUCCGAAGUUCAGAAUUCGGGUUGGUUUCCAGAAACUUGAAAACAAAAUCCAGGAAAACCAGUCUCAUGUGGAAUGCGAUGGGAGUGCCACACUAUCAGAGGGUCAGGGCUGAGGGAGUGUCGGAGGGUCAGUGCUGAGGGAGUGGGCACUGUCUGUGGAUCAGUGCUGAGGGAGUGCCACACUGCAGGAGGGUCAGUGCUGAGGGAGCGCCGUACUGUCGGAGGGUCAGUGCUGAGAGAGUGCGCACUGUCGGUGGAUCAGCACUGAGGGAGCGCCGUACUGUCGGAGGGUCAGUGCUGAGAGAGUGGGCACUGUCGGUGGAUCAGCACUGAGGGAGCGCCGUACUGUCGGAGGGUCAGUGCUGAGAGAGCGCCGUACUGUCGGAGGGUCAGUGCUGAGGGAGUGCGCACUGCCGGAGGGUCAGCGCUGAGGGAGUGCGCACUGUCUGUGUGUCAAUGUUGAGGGAGUACCGCACUGUCGGAGGGUCAGCGCUGUCAGAGUGCCGCACUGCCAGAGGGUCGGUGCUGAGGGAGCGCCGUACUGUUGGAGGGUCAGCGUUGAGGGAGUGCCACACUGUCGGAAGGUCAGCGCUGAGGGAGCGCCGUACUGUCAGAGGGUCAACGCUGAGGGAGUGCCGCACUGCCAGAGGGUCGGCGCUGUCGGAGGGUCAGCAUUGAGGGAGUGCCACACUGUCGGAAGGUCAGCGCUGAGGGAGCGCCGUACUGUCAGAGGGUCAACGCUGAGGGAGUGCCGCACUGCCAGAGGGUCGGCGCUGUCGGAGGGUCAGCAUUGAGGGAGUGCCACACUGUCGGAAGGUCAGCGCUGAGGGAGCGCCAUACUGUCAGAGGGUCAACGCUGAGGGGGUCGGCGCUGAGGGAGCGCCGCACUGUCGGAGGGUCAGCGCUGAGGGAGCGCCGCACUGUCGGAGGGUCAGCGCUGAGGGAGCGCCGCACUGUCGGAGGGUCAGCGCUGAGGGAAGCGGUCUGUGUCAGAGGUGCCUUUCUUUGAGUGAAAUGUUUCAGUAAACUGUGCUGUCAGAUAUGAAAACCUGGCCUUAAUAUGAAGAAGAGCAGUGCAGUGCCGAUGGUCAGGGGUAUAGAUUUGUUUCUUGACCAUCAAUGCCCUCCGUGAUGGCUGGUUGAUGACCCUGUUGCUGCACACGGACACGUGUAGGCUGCUGUUUUGUCUGACUGAGGGCGGGCUGGAUGUUUGGAAUUAUGUGUCCCCUCCUCCCUGAGACCAACACACACAUUCAGAGAAUGCAGCCAAAAUAUGAGACAGCUCAGGAUUCAGUGACGGUGGCUCAGUGGUUAACACUGCUGCCUCACAGUGUCAGGGACCCAGGUUCAAUUCUCGCCUCGGAGUUUGCACAUUCUCCUGUAGUGUUCGGUGCAUUAGUCAGGGGUGAAUGUAGGGGAAUGGGUCUGGGAGGGUUGCUCUUUGGAGGGUCGGUGUGGACUUGUUGGGCCGAAGGGCCUGUUUCCACACUGUAAGUCUAAUCUAAUAAUCGUACGGAUUCACCCUGACCGUGUUUAAUUGUCAAAAAAAACUGUUCCGAUCCAAAUUGGUGAUUUUAAACACAUGCUGCCCCUGACCCUGUGCCCAGCCCCAUCCCCAACUCCACAGAGCCACAGCCAAUGGCUGGAAGGAGGUGGGGAGUACUGUAGACAGUGUCUCUGUAUGGGCAUCUCUUUGGACAGCACUGUGUGGCUGGGGGACCCUCAGGCCUCUCCAUGAUAUGCAGUCCCUUGUCGUCCUUGUGUUAUCUUCAACCCCCUUCUGUUGGCUGCUUCAUCCCACUCAAUGUCUGCUCCAGGGAUUUGGGAUGGGGAAGGGGAAGAGGAGUACAUAACGGGGUGAAACCUAAAGCAGGGAUCAGUGUUUCAGGCUGGAUGGGUGGUCCCACUGGGUAGUGUGGUACUGCCCUGGGUGUCGUUACAAUAUGAUACAGGGUUUCUUGUCCUUGAAUGGAUUGUCUGAGUUCGGGACUCCCGUCACCAAUGGGUCAUUUGUUACAUGGUCCUCGCAGUAAUGCAUCAGAUCAGCUGCAGCUUUGGAAAUCUGGGGACCAGAGCAGAGAGAGAGUGAGACAUUGGAGAUGGGAGACAGAUGAGCUGUAUGAAUGGGACAAACCCAACCUAAUGGAACACUGAACAGUCAACAGCACAGAAACCAACCCUUCACUCUACUAAAGUAGUCCCACUGACCUGCGUUGUCCCAUAUCCCUCUAAACCUUUCCUAUCCAUGUACCUGUCCAAAUACCUUUUAAACGUAACUGUAUCUGCCUCUUCCACUUCCUCUGGCAGUUCAUUCCACAGACAAACCACUCUUUGUGAAAAAGUUCGACCCCAGGUCCCCUUUGAACCUUUCUCCUCUCACUUUGAAUAUAUGGCCCCUUAGUUUUGAACUCUCCUUAUCUGAGGGAAAAGACCCUUCCUGUUCAGCCUGUCCUUCAUGUUUUUAUAAACCUCUGUAGGGUCACCUCUCAACGCCCGAGACUCCAGUGAAAAAAGGCCCAACCUAACCAGCCUCUUCUUAUAACUCAAAGCCUCCAGUUCCAGCAACAUUGCUGUAAAUCAUCUCUGCACUCUCUCCAAUUUAAUAAUAUCCCUCCUGUAGCAGGACUACCAGAACUCCACACAUUACUCUGAAAAUCCUCAGUUAGUGACAGUAAUGAAAAUGAACUUUCCUGGUGAGAACAGUCACGCUGGAAUAUCCCUGAGGAAUCUGAGGUGUUGCUUCUCGCGUGGUUAGUCGUUGUGAUUCUUUACAAUCACCUGUGUGACUGUCUUCUGCCCUUUUCAAAAAGCCUGUGACUGCUGUACAGAAACUACCACUGCACAAGAUCCCUUCCCGGGAAUGUCCCUACCUCUGGGCAAGGAAGCUUGUGUUUAACUCAGAUCUGUUCCAGAUGUGUGUCUGAGCAGGUUGAUGGAAAACCUUCCAGGGCAGAGCAGACAGUGAGAAUGGGCCCAUGUGGGGAUAAGGUCAGAAUUAGAACCACAGCCCAAUCAGCAACUCUCAGACAGGGAGGAGGAUGUGCAACUUGUUCCCAGAUGGAGAGUUUGAGAUGCAUCGUGUUGAUGUUUUUAGGGGGAACAUCAGAGAGCGUGAGAUAAGGUGAUGGGAUGGAGGGGGAUGAUUAACACUGAAUGUUCUGACUGGAUGCUCUGCUGUUGAUGUAACUCUGUAUCAAUGUGUAUUGGGUAGUGUUACAUCUUGGAAACUGAUAUUUAUUUCUCAGCAUAGCUUGUGUGUUUGUGAAUAAAGUGUGAAAUGGAACAUGAAAUAAGAA